AUGAGAAGAGGUAGAGGGAAAGGGAAGAAGCAGAGUGCAUCAGCUCGGGAAGAUCAUGGAAGUGGUGAAGAAGGUGAAAAGAUUCCAGCUUAUAGGAGAAGAGGAAGGCCACAUAAGCCUAUGAAAGAUGAUUUCGAAGAGGAGGAAGAAGAGGAGUUGAUAGAGAAGAUAGAGGAAGAAGAAGAGGAUGGUUCAGUAACAAGUAAAAAAGAAGAAAACGAGAGGAAGAGGAAGAUGGUUAAUGGAAGCAAUACGGAUGUAAAUGAAGAAGAGAAUAGAUUAGGUUUAAAAUCAAGUAGAGAUGGUUCCACGACAUCUACUGGUUUCAGACAGAACGGAAGCAGGAGGAAAAGCAAGCCUAGACGAGCUGCUGAGGCUGUUGUGGAAUGUAAUGGAGUUUGAGAAAGUUUCUUGGUUUCAAGAAACAUGAUGAGACAUUAACUUGAGCUUUCUUCUUCUUUUAGGUUAUCUUGCAAGUUUCUUUUUAAGUUGACAACUUUGGUUAUCUUUUGGUGUAUCAAUCUGCAUUGUCUUUCAUCAUCUGCUCUUGGUCCUGCAACUUCUUUACAAUUUUGAGAGAUAUGUGAGAUCCUCUCAUUUUGAAAAGUUCUAAUCAUUCUAAGAGAUGUCAUAGUUGCAACGUGUAAGUUAGGCAAACUGUAAAAGCAAAACCAUUAAGGAUGAGAGCUGAGAAAAUAAGAGAAGUGUCAUUAGCC